UAGAGCACCGGACCCGGACCACGGUGCCAAGCGACAAGAGCCAUGAGGUGAUGCACGCUCGGGCCUUUCGGUCCAAAGAAGUGGAUUGUUGUAUAUAAACAAGUGAUUUUUGGCAGCGCGACUACAUUCCAUUAUUGUCGUUCGCGCGUGGAAAAACGGCGGUUUGGUGGAAAUUGACGUAAAAAACGGUGUAAGAGAUUGAUUUCGCUGUGUGAUUGGAGACGGUACACAUUCGGAAGAAGAGUUGUAUCAGAAGCGGUGCGUUGGUGCGCUGAAGGACUCAGAACAUAACUGCGCAUCUUUACGGCGCGCGGUGCAGAAGGCUGACUGAUUGGAUGCUGAUUGCGGAUUUGAACCUGAUUUGAAAAGUGUGCUCUAUCGAUUGGUGCAUCAUUAUCGAAGACGGGGAAAAAUACAAUGAUGUAUUUUAAAAUAACAGCCAUCGUGCUGUUAUCAGUUGGUGUUCUUGCCGCCAAAGAUGCACAACCCAAAUCAGGAACCUCUGCUGCAUCAGCUUCAGCGAAACCUAAAUCGAAAAUUCCUCAUGGAAAACGAGAAGCUCCGGUCGGAUAUGGACCCAUGGACUACCUUAAUCCCGGUCACACAGGAUACAAUUACGGCGUAGCCCAACCAUCUUUCAACCUACCACAGUAUACUGGUCAAAAGUACUACAUGGCGCCAUUUAAAUAUCCAACAACACAGCCGGCGUAUUUCUCUCCGGCCACUUACGGAUACAACUCUUUCGCGGAUAACUCCGUGAAGUACAGCAUUGGAUCGAAGGAACUAUCAGAUUUGCUAAAAGCAUUGCAAUCUCCAAGCCCAUCUAUAUCCAUCAAGGCCAUUCCCAGUGGUAACAGCUGGGAUGCACCUUACAGCUACGAUUCGUUCUCCCAAUUCAAACCAACAAUGAUAAAGGUUCAGGAAGUACCGUCGCAUUCCUAUGGAGCUCCCUUAGCUCCACCAGUGAGCUCUUACUAUUCCCACGGUUAUGCAGCCCCUCAUCAAUCGGAACCAACGUACGCCAGUGGAGUCAAAGGGCUACGACACUAUUCUUCGUCGUAUAAUCAAGCGCUCCCCGAUCUAUACUCCGGAAACAAAUACAUCUCUUCCAUCAAGCCUUUAACCGUCCAAACUCCUGUCCAAGUGUUGUCUCCUCUGCAUACGUCCAUCCACACCCAAAAGCCAUUCAAACCCUCAACAUACCUUGGAACAACCAACGACUCCCCCGACUAUUCACACACCCAAGCUCCCACGUCAACCGCCGUUCACAAUAGCUAUCUAGCGCCCAGUCUCCAGUAUCUGCCACCGAAAGCUCAAAACAAGGUAACCUUCGACCAACCCUCCAAGACUUACCUGCCAUCGCUACCGUCCAGUCCCAGCAACACUUAUCUUCCACCGAAACCAUCCAACACGUACCUCCCGCCCGCACCCAGCAGCACCAACUACAUCCCGGUGUCCUCCCACCACGGUGACAGCUCCAAGCAUCUGCAGCACCUGCACCACCAGCACAGCUCGGAUGAGUCCAACGAUUCGUACGAAUACAGCGGAACAGCGGCCGGCUCGGUUUCCAGCGGAAGCACUGUGAAGCCCCAUCACCAUCCGUGGCAACCAUAAGCCGUCGAUUUCCCAGGUUCGCUGAGGAUCAUCCAAAGACUUUCGUUUCCUUAUCGUUACACUUAAUCAUUCUGACCAAUACCGAGCGAUAGAGCUGCAUUUACUUGUAAGGUUCCAUAGCAGUACAUUGGAUAAGAUAUUUAUAGAUGUGUAUAAGAAGAAUGGGUUCCGCGACAGUGGCGCGGAGCAUAGAAGCGAGGCCAUGUGAACAGAAGUUGGACUAUUGCCAUUGAAUACUUUGUUGUAACCACUACUGCUGUUAGGUUAGGAUCGACAUUCGGAUGAUGUUUUUAGGGAGAACUCUAGAUGUCCUAACAGAAUUAUGUUUGUACGAAUAAUUCUAGUGAUAGGUCUAGUGUACUUGAAACGAAUACUCUAUACUGCAACGACUUAUAAUAAUGGUGACAUUUGAUAUUUAUAUACAUAGGAAACAUGAUCUAUUCGAAGAAAUAAAG